AUGGCUGAGCAAUAUCUAACCUUUGGUGCAGGUUCGGUGAAGUGUUGGUCGAUCUCCAAGGAGCAAGAAGACGAGGUUGAGAGGGUGAGGUUAUUGUUGUCAGAGACCGAGCGUGAGUGUAAAAACUUAGUCACCCAGAAGAAUCUGCUUGAGUCCGGCCUUUUGCAAGGGAUGGCAGGUAUCAUAAAGGGAAGCACUAAGGUGGCUGUGAAUCUGAAUGAUGUCGAGAUGCAGAAACGGCUUAGGGAGUCUCGGGCGCGGAUGGCUGGGAAGGGGGUUGCCAGGCAAGCGACUGGUAAGCGUCCUAGAGAUGAUGAUGAAGGUUUGGUUGCUGAUGUGCUGGGAAAGAAUAGAGUGCUGGAGGAAGCUCACCAAAGUGUGAUGGGAACAGGGCCGAAACUUCCUCACUUUGACCUGCAGGCACCGCCGAAGCUCCCCUUCGGUAUGGAGGACGUUUAUGCCGAGGGGGUGGAGAAGAUGGACUUCUCCAGGCUGCGUCGGCAGAAGAAGGAGGUGAACCUUGCCAUGCAUCAGCAGGAGGUUCCCUUGGUGAACGUCUUCUUAGAAGGCGUGAAGUGUGACCCCGAGGUUUUGGCCAGGACACCGACCACUUCCUAUGCAGAUCGGGCCCAGAAGACGUUUCUUACCCAUGCCUAUGUCAAUGGCGAGAUGUACGUGAACAUGGCCAAGGCAGAUAAAGAGAUCCAGAGAUUGAAGAUGAGCAAUGAGAUGACCAAGGACAAGAUAGCGGAGGAGCAUGAGGCCAUCCUGGAAAAGAACGCCCUGCUGUUGCAGAAGGCGGCGUUGGCCAGAGAGGUGAAGGAGCUGAAGCGGUCGAGGGCCGAGGAGGUAGCUGCUGCUCGGGCCAAAGUGGAGCAGAAGAAGGUCGAAGAGAUAGCUGCUACCCGAGCUGAAGCGAUCGAGUCGUUUCAGAGUUCAGAGGAGCUGAGGAGCUACAUCAUGGAUCGGAUGGUGGCAAUGCAGCUGUAUUGGGAUGAGAGGUUGGCGAGGUUCAACCCUUCGGUUGAGAUUAACUUUGAUACGAGUGGCAAGCCUCCUUCACCUAGUUCUACUACUGAUGCCACUCCAGAGCCAGAGCCAGAGCCAGCUACCACAGAUGCCCCGUCCACCGAGUUUUGA